AUGGAGGCCCUAGCGGCUUUAGGGCUGGUAUCUAAUGUACUCCAGCUCAUUGAAUGUGGGUAUAAAGUCGUUUUGAUGGCAAAGGAGUUACACGAAUCUCGCCAAGAUUCAAUCCAAACUAAUAACAAUACUGCUUUCGUCGCACAUAAAAUGCGAGAACUUAGCACGAGAGUUAUGAAAUGCUUGCCAUCAUCUGAUCUGACUGAGGACGAAAAGGCUCUAUGUAGGCUUGCACAACAGUGCAGUGAACUGUCUAAUAGGCUCUUGGUGCUGCUCGAAAACCUGAAAGCCAAGAAGCCGGGAAGCAAACUCGACAUUAUAACAACGCUACAGAUUCAAAUAAGCACUAUGUCUCGAGACCACAUACAAAAGCUCCAACACAGAGUUGUGGUCGAUUCGGAUAAUACGAUAGCAAAUUUCCAAAAGAUUCAGGAAGUUGUAGAGAUACAAUUCAAGCAAACCGCUAUCUUGCAAAGUCUCCGAUACCCGAGAAUGCAUGAUCGGUUUGAGAAUGUAAAGAGCGCACAUCGAAACACCUUCGAAUGGCUUCUCGAGGGCCCAGAAACCCCAUCCAGCCAAGAGCAUCAGGAGUAUGCGGUAGAUGAUAACCAUGGUUCAACUGGUUUCAACCUAAAUAAUACAUCCAAUCAAGCAAAAUACCAAAAGUAUAGAGAAUUUUCUGCGUGGCUACGAGGGGGGGUCGACCACCUUCAUGUCGAUAUACCUAGUCAUAGCAGUACCCCUAACGGACCAUACAAGGAAAACAUAUUCCAUAUCACAGGAAAACCAGGUGCCGGCAAGUCAACUUUGAUGAAGUUCUUAUGCCAAAGUGAGAUCACACUCAAACACCUAAAAGCCUGGGCAGGUGAGAAACACCUCAUUUUCGCCAAGGCAUUUUUCUGGAGGUUAGGAGAUGAUGAACAGAAGAACCUACCGGGACUCACAACUUGUUUACUUCGCCAAAUCUUAAAAGCGGCACCUGUACUAAUCCCAGUUGUAUUCCCAUCUCAGCGGGAGUCAGAUUAUGAGAACUCGGUCCCUUUCGAUCCUAGCGGCACACAAGCAUUCAAACUUCUACUCCAGAGUGGACGGACUUUCGAAAAUUAUAAAAUGGUAUUCUUCAUAGACGGGUUGGACUAUUGGAUAACAAUUAAUUAUGCGUGUCUCAAAAUAUACAGAUUUGAAGAACUCUCGGAAAUCUCUUCUUUAGUCAACAAGCAUGAUCUCAACUCACUGGCUGGCACAAUCGUUGACAAAGCCGAAGGAGUUUUCCUCUGGGUUCCUGUGGUCCUAGCAGCUAUCAAACAAGGAGUACUUAAUGGCGACGAGCUCCGAGACCUUAGAGGUAAGGUAGCUGCCUUCCCGACAGAGUUAAAUGAUCUGUACCAACAUCUCUUCGAUUCGAUUCCCGAGUAUGACCGUCAAAAGGCAUUCAAGCUUCUAAAUCUUACUUAUAACAUAGGUAUAACAAAACCCAUGCCUAUACUUCAACAUAAAUUUCUAAACGACCUAUCGACUGACCCAGAUUUUGCAAUCAAAUUACCCCGUCAGAUCAAUGGGUUAUGUAAAGGCUUUCUUGAAGUAGGCCCCAUGCAAGAGAACAUAUAUAAAAACAUAGAGGAGUUUCUUCGCAACCAUGUAAGACUCAUCAGAUCUUAUCUUAGCGGAAUCGACAUGAUGGAUCGAAUAUGCCAGUCAUUUCUCGCUUUUAUAAAGUCGAUAAGCAUCAAUGAUUUCCAUGGUACAGAAGACAGUCCCGGGUCGAAGAACCGAUUCCUUGGGUUUCUAGAAAAUGUUGAACAAAUUGCAAUCCCAGAAUUCCAAAAGGGAAUAGGAAGUAAGCGCAAAAUCCGAUCGUUUAAUGCGAUCGUUAUCGCAGACUACUCCUCCUAUAGAACUUCCCCUAGUUGUAAAAUGUUUAUGUUAGAAUUACCAUCGGCUCAGCUCAUUACUAUUCUAGCCGCGGGACAGCUGCUAUUCGAGUAUUUUGAUAAGGAUGGGCGAUGCGACCUUCGAACCCAGACUGACCCGGAAUUUAGGCAGCUAAUAGCACAUGCUGUCUUAUCAGGGGUUUCUAUGCGUCUAGAUGGUCCGAGAGUGUUCCAAAUGUUUGAGAUACUUUUCGAGGCUGGUGAAACCAAAGAUCAUGGUGACCUAUGGGCUUGGUUGUUAAGACGACUGGUAUUGAUGGGCCCGCACGAAACACAUUUAUACCAGAGCGUUAACAAAUCUGUGAUGCGGCUACGCUACCGGCUCAUAGAACUCUUCAUCCGGCACGGCGCCAGUGAAGACUUUACUUUGACCUUUGGUCCUUGCUACGAAGGAACUGACUUUAACCGACUUCUUGUGAGAGUCCACGCUGGCGAUUCCAAUUGUCGACGUACAACGCUUGACCUCGAAAUUUUCAAGGAUAUAUGUAUCGACUAUCAACUAGACAUUGUUAGCUUUGCAAGGGAAAGGGGCGGGGUUCUCACCCUGAGGGAUUUAUUUGCUUACUGGCUUCCGCAAGACUGUAGUCAUCUCUACGCUCUACUCGACAAGAAAUGCUCAACCUUAUUCGAAGCGGAAGAUAUAAGUGAAUCUCGUGAUUCACCCCCGCCCAGAAUGCCGGCGGUGUUCCCAGAAAAACAUCGCUGCUUUGAACCAGGCGAGCACGGGGAAAUGACCGAUCAGUUCGAUCCGCGAAAGGUGCCAGAUGGUUAUAGGCAAUGUCUUUCACAUUCCGAGAAGUGUUUCAUGGACUUCAAAGCAAAGCUUGAAAGCAAGGGAUUAGGGCAUUUGUGUAAAUGCUUCCCAAUAUCGGUUGACGAGGUCCAGGGAGAAGUUUAA